UAAACAGAGCACUGCUCUCUUGUAAUUUGUGCAUAUUUGUAUUAAUGAGAUUUAAAUGAACUUUUUCUUGUCAUCAAGGAUGCAGGCUGUACGUGUGAAGUACAGGGAUUGUCAGAAGUACAUUUGUUUUGAGGGGCAACGGACCUUCAAAUCCUUUUUGGAUUGUGUUGCCAAUAAAUUUGACAUUCCAACCUUGGACUUAAAAGUCUAUGAUGAAUCGAAGACUGAAGUCGAUGAGGAGGUGUUUGAGUUUCUUCUAAAGAAACAAGACCUUGGUGUGCUGGAGAUUUGUUUACCCCAAGACCCAAAUCCUUAUGAUUUGUUGAGCUCCUCUGCAAGCAGCUCCUUAUCAAAAUACAGUGCAGACAAUGAGGGGGACUCGGAUGACACCAUUAUAUUGCAGCAGAGUGCUACAAGAAAGACAGCUGAGGAUAAUCGUCUAUCUCAUAUGAUUGAAGACAUUCUGACGACCAAUCCUGGAGGAGAGAGGAUCAUGAAUGAGUAUGCUCGGACAAAAAGCCUAACAGAUGGCAAAAGACGCGAUAUGGUCAAGAUAUUGGUUGCACAAAUGACAAGUGAACAUGGGACAAGUCCUUCAAGGCGUGUUAAAGAGGACUACUCAAAGGGCAUCAUUGCCUUGUUCCCAAACCUGGCCGAUCCUACUAGCAAGUUUGGUUAUGAGCAUUAUUACAAUGCAGAAGAUGGGAGUGGAUUUCUAGCAUGGAGACUGAAAUUUGUUCAAAGGGAAGCAUCAGUGGGACGACAGAAGGCCAUGUGUCAGUCACUGACAUGGGGUCCGAAAGCUGAUAGAUACCCCUUCAGAGAGGAAAACUGUCCAACAACAGAAUGCCUGUGUUGUGAGGCCAUUGCACUGAUGAAGGAUACGGCUGAGGAAGCAAUUGUAAAGGAGAAGAUGAAGCAGACGUUCGCCUAUCGCCAAAAGAUGGUUCAUGACCCAGUGAAGUCCUCUGAAAUAUUCACAGUGUUUCCAAGAUUCCAAGACAUAGCAGGAAUGAUUGAGCAAGAUUUUAGUCUGAUGUUUGGUGAUGCAACCUCUGCAAAGUUCCUGGAGAAGUGGCCUACUCUCUACAAGCAGAAAGUAAUUGACCAAAGCCGUGGCCUCACACAGACAGGCAACCUACAAGACCUGGUUCAAAAUGCUGAAUCCACAAGGGAAGUGAAAAAUGGAUGGGACAGUGACAUGUCCUCCAUUUUGGUCCUUGUCCACAUUCUUCCACCGUCACCACUUGGCCGCAAGAGACCAGGAAAAGUCUCAGCCAGACACGCCAGUGACCACAUUGUGAAGUUUAUCAAGACUGGGACCAGCAUCCAGGGGCAUCUGGAGAGCGUCAUGGAAAGCUCUCCACCCUAUCUGCUUGCUGUGGGGACCCAGAGGAGUGCGAUUCACAAGUACUUCAUUGUGAUUGACAAGCAUGCAGUACCUUGUAAGUCACCAGACUCUCUUGCCUGUUUUGAUGAGCUUUUCAAAGCUCAUUUUGUCUUUGGUACCUCGUACAACCAGUAUCUGGUCAAUGUGUACAACUUCUUGCAAACCACAAUUUAUGAAAUUGAUGUUGAUACCACUAAGGUUAAUCCUAGGGUUGCAGAGUUGAGGGCUCGGAUGCUGCAUUGAGUUACUAAAAGUUUUGAAGUUGCAAAGGGUUAAAACACAGCAUAGGAAAUAACCGUUUUCAUUUCACACAAACUUUUUCAUAUCAUUCAUCUAAAAUGUGUUUUGCUUGCAAAAGCCUCCAGGCAAAUGCUAAUUCCUUGACAAAACUCUAGAAGUUGGUCCACGGACUUUGUCCAGGAAAGACAGUUAGUCAUGCGGUCAGGCUGGUUGUUCACAAGUUUAUGCCACUUUUUCUGGGUUCAGAAAUCAUCUUUAUAAAGCACAUGAACCUUGUUCUGAUCAUGGUGAAGGCCCCUCUACAGCUGAAUAUGUAGCAGUAAGUCAUUUUGAUGACUUACCAUUAACAAGUUCCCCUUCUGACUCAGUCCUUGUCAAUAAGAGUCUUGUAGACAGCUGCGCUGCAAUCAUUGCUGAACUUAGUGGCAGGUGUAGGUGAAACCACCAUUAACUCUUUGGUAAUUUCCAUGGAAGAGAUAGUUGAUGAUAUUCAAGCUAAAGAAUCUGUGAAGUGUAUAUGUCUAUACAGGAGCCUAUUAAAAGUGACAUUAGGUGUAAAAUUCAUCAGUGUUUUGAAAAAACGUAAUCCUUUUGGUGUACAUCUAGACGUUCCGCUAGCGGAACACCUGCUCCAAUAUCCAAUGAUGGCCGUGGCGCGAAAUACAAACUCCUCUAAAAUCCGAAAACUUCCAUUUUUCAAACAUAUGACUAUUUUACAGCAUUUUAAAGACAAGACUCUCGUUAA